GAGGGUGAGUACUGAGGAGGAGGGUUUCCGAUGGAGAACGGCGAGGAUACGUUCGCCUCCCCCACCGCCGCCGCCGCGGACUUCUCCACCAACGGCGGGGACGGCACGCCCAAGCUCCACGACGCGGCGGACGAGAUCGAGUCCCUCCGCGCGGCGAAGCGCGACCUGGAGGAGAAGCUCGAUGCCGUGCGCCACGAGAACCAGUUCCUGUCCUCCGAGUCCCGCCGCCUUGAGGUUCUCGUGUCCCAGGCCCGCGAGGAGGUCGCCGCCGCCGAGCAAGGUGCUGCCACCAACGAGAGCGAGGCCGCCACGCUCCGCAGCGAGGUCGAGCGCCUCCAGGAUCUCCUCGCCGCGGAGAAGGCUAGCCAUGAGGAGGAGAUGCGCAGGGGUGCACGGCUCGGGGACCAGCUGCAGACCGCGUACCAGGAGAAGGCCGCCCUCGAGGAGGAGAUCGAGACCCUGAAGGGUUCCGCCACUGCCGAGGGCAAGGGCGUGGAAGAGGGAUGUGAUUCUAUUGCUGCCAGGGCCGGGACGCCUAAGGAUCAGGGCGUGGUGCCUCCCGCACUGGUGGCUGCCGCGGCUGCUGGAGCAGCUGCCACGGCUGGCAUCGCAGUGGUCUUGUUCAACCUCAAGAGGUAAUCUGGUGGUCCGUUGCGCGGAAGUUUUGAUCUGCUGCUAUGGCCUAUAUGAGAAUGGGUUAACCGUUUUGUUAGUGUCACUGGAGUCGUAGUAGUAGUAUCUUUACUAUCAGCUGGAUAAUAGACUAGAUGAACAUGUAUGGCACGUACCUUUACUUUCUGAAGUUUUCAAUGAUAAUAAGAGUCGUGAACACAAACAUGAGGGAUAAUUGAGUUCUUGUCUGGUCUUUUGAGUUGCACCUGAUUCCAGACUUUGAAUUAUUAUGACUUGGAUGGUUUGUACUGUUAGAGGAAAGAUGGUGCUACUUUGUUU